GUGCGCACAGGUGUGGACCAACCAGCGGCACCGUACCACCAUCCCAACCAAUCAGCGCCGGCGUAACAGCGGCGCGGCGACCAUUCGGAGAAAGGCUGCGGGCCCGGCGCGGCGGCUGCGGGGACGCCGGACGGCCGGCGACGGGCGGCCGGCAGUUGAGGCCCGCUUUUGUCGAGGUUCGCGGCGGCAGGUGUUCGCCAGUGACUGGAGGGGACUGUGCGUGUCCGUGGCGUUUCGUGGCGCCUGCAGUGCGGCGACCAUGAGUGGCAGACGGGAUGUCGCCGGCCUCUCGCUACGACAGCUGUAACGGGCCCAGACAGAGCCCGGAGCGAGCACCAGCCGGCGAGGCCCCGAGCGUGAGCCUGACCAGGUCUGAGUCUGCCACCGACCCAGCACGGCUCACCACCGACCACCGUGCAGAUAAGGCGCGCGCCGCUUCCUUCAGCGCCGACCGCCGCCGAGCGAGCCAAUGCCCGACAGUGGUGGUCGUGCUGCGACAGCGUCCGCACCGACUCACCGCCGCGCCUCGUCAGAGCCCGCCCGGCGUGACCUGGCGUGACCUGGAGUGACCAGAGUGAACGGACUGACCCGGUGUGACCUUACCUGAACUUACGUGACCUGGCACUACUUGGCUCAGCUCUAUUAACGGAUUCAACAAUAAAACAGUGAUAUCCUCCGCAGUUUUGUCAAAACAAGUUGCCAACUGCACACACUUGCGCGAAAGAACAUCGCCACCUGAACUCCAUAACUCAGUACCCCAUCGAGCCGGAGCGUCGCGCCGCACGUGCUGAAGACUAUGACGACCCACGCGCUGGUGGCGCGGGUGGCAAAGCUGUGGAAGAAGCGCACCAUCACCAUCACCGAGGAGGAUCCCACGUUCAAGACCGUCUACCUGGGCAACACCGUCACCCAGUGGGCCAAAGGCGCCGGCAGCGUGGAUAAGCCGCUGGCCACGCUCUGGAGAAACUACUGCCAGUCGACCAAACCGGACAUCGAGAUGCGCGUGACGGUGGCCGUCUCUGGCCUCAAGGCCACCACUCGGGAGCACGGCCUCACCGAGUACUGGAGCCACCGCAUCACCUACGCGUUCGCACAUCCCAGCUACCCGAAGGUAUUCUGCUGGGUGUACCGUCACGAGGGGCGCAAGAUGAAGCCGGAGCUGCGCUGUCACGCGGUGCUCUGCUCCUCCGAGACCAAGGCGCGCCUGAUGCAGCGUCUGCUGACCGAGCGGCUGCACCAGGCGCUGGUCGAGUUCAGGAAGGAGAAGCAGCUGCGACAGAACGCGCGGCUCUCCGUGGUCAGCGUGCUGUACCCGGCCGCCCCGCGGCGAAAGGUGGUGCUCACCAACGGUGGCGCCAACUACCGGCCGCCGCUCGAGCGCAGCAAGAGCGCGCCCAAGCUGGGAAGUAUCGAGGAGGACCGGCUGGGCGAGGAGGCGGCGGACGCGGCGGCGGCGCGCGAGGCGGCCGCCCGCCGACCGCCGCCGGUCCCCUCCCUCGCCGAGAUCGCCGAGGAGGAGGAGGAGGAGAGGACACCCACAGCUCCCCGCUCCCCCAGACCCCGCGCCUUCAGCGAGCCGGUCGAGCCGCCGCCGGCCGUGUGCCGCCACCCGGCCGACCCGACCGCCACCCACGACCCGGCCGACGACUCGGACGCCGCCAGCGAGCACAGUGCCGCCAGUGUGCCCAGCGACCCGACCGGCGACAGCGACUGCGAGACCCUGGUGCUGGCCACCACGCCCGAGCAGUGCCGCGUGUACAGGAUCGCCGGCUCCGGCCGCUCGCCGCCGGACGCGGAGGACGCCUGUCACCGGCUGCAGGGCGUCGUCGACUUCGGCGCCCACUGGAACUCGACCGGCUGGGUGCGUGUGCCCGACGAGGACACUGCCAGUGAUGAGAGCGGCUACUCAGAGGAGCCGCUCAAGGCCGAGUGACCGCGCACCGCGAGGCAGAGGACAGAUCUAGUCAGGGCGCGCGGCGCAGAGUCGGCGGCGGGUCGCAGGCUCUCUGUGUAAUGUGCUCACUGGCUGGAGGGUUCCACCGCUGCGGGACGCCGCGGCAGGUCGCCCGGUGCGCCCGGCCGUCUCUGAUAUACUCACUGACAUGUGUUGCAUAUUUAUUGUUGGUGUUUGGCUGCGCGCGUGUCGCUGUUUGCCCCUCGUGUCUAUGUGCCAAACGGCGAGCGGGGUCGGCUCGAUCCUCCCGGUCGGCGGGGCGCCGGCCGCUGCCCAGCGGGCCCCCUCCGGGCGCUGUGUGCCGCUCCACUGCGGUGUCUCUGUUCUGUUUGUCGUUGUUACGGCUGGCCUGGCCUGGUGGGGACCCAAUCUGUUCCGCCCCGGCCGGCGAGCGGUCGAGACACAACCCCGCCCCGAGACCGGGCGAUAUAUCCUGUCUGUGCUACUGUCUACUGAUGGAAUGUGAUACGUGAUCGCGUAUGGUGUAGUACAAGUCCGUAACACAUGUAUUAAAUAUCAUUAAUAGUGAAUAAAUUGUAUCAAAGCU